CCGUAAAGGUAUGUAAAUACCUGUGGUCACGUGAUUUACCGUCUAGCUAGGUGUGUCGUAGGAUUCAACCGGUCUCUUUCGUACGGAUAAUCUUUCAAGGUUUUAUACAGCAAAAUGGCAACAAUCGCAGGCGAUUUCAACUUUACUGAUGAAGAGGCCAAAGUAUGUGCUGAAAAACUGAAGGAUGCAAUGGACGGCUUUGGUACAAAUGAAGCGGAUAUAGUAGAAGUCCUGGUGACACACAACAAUGAGCAGAGACAAGCAAUUGCUGAAACUUAUAGAGUAGCUUAUGGCAAGCCACUUAUUGAAGACUUGAUUUCGGAGUUAACUGGAGACUUGGAAGAGGUCGUAUGUGCCUUGAUGACCAAACCACGGGAAUACGAUGCAAAAAUGCUGCAUGAUGCAAUAUGUGGUGCCGGCACAGAUGAAUACACAUUAAUUGGAAUACUUUGUACAAGAACCAAUGAAGAAAUUGAACAAAUUAAGGAAGCCUACACCACACUUUAUGAAGCUGAUUUGGUAGAAGAUAUACAAGGAGACACCAGUGGCUAUUUUGGGCGCAUGUUGUAUUCUCUUGCACAAGCAGGACGUCAGGACUGUGACUCUGAUGAUGACCUUGCAGAUGAAGAGGCACAGAAACUCAUUGAUGCUGGUGUAGGACAACUUGGCACUGAUGAAUGUGAUUUCAACUCGGUCCUGUGUUUGAGCAGUUAUCGUCAGCUGAAAAAAGUGUUUGAAAAGUACCAAGAGAAAAGAGAGGGCAAAAGCAUUGAGGAGGACAUUGAUUCUGAAAUGGGCUCAGAUCUGAAGGAUGGCUAUCUUGCUAUAGUGAAAGUUACCAAAGAUAAAGAGGGUUAUUUUGCGGAGAGGCUGCACAAAGCAAUGAAAGGUUGGGGUACUGAUGACAGUGAACUUAUCCGACUAAUUUGCUCGCACGCUGAGACUGACUUACUGUGGAUAGCAGAAAGAUACAAAGAAAUGUUUGAAGGUGCCGACCUGUUUGAAAAUGUGAAAGAUGAAUGUGGAGGAUAUUACAAAAGCGUGUUACUGUCCCUCAUUGCAGGAAGAUAUGUUUCAAAGGAUGAAUAAUAAUUCUAAUUCUUUAUGAAAGUCAUACAAAGUUCCUUUUUAUGUGAAGUUUAAAAGAAAUUAUAAGAAACCAAAUGGGGUACUUGAAAGAACAUCAUGCUGUAUGGAACCUUAAUGAAAGUUUCAGAGUAUCAAGUGCUAUAUUUGUUUUGGGUGAAAGUAAAUGGUUUUUGUUUUUGAGUUGUUUUUUUUACACUUAAACAUAGAAAUAAAAUUUGUAUGUCUUUACCUUAAACAACAAAAAUGCAAAACUGUCCUUUCAUUUUAUUAUUUGUUAGAAAUACCAUAUAAGUGAAAAAGUUCACGAUGCGGAAAUGUUAGCGAAUUUUGCAAAAUCAAGAAAUUCUCAAAAAUUUCAGUCGACGUAAAUUUCCAUGUGCACCAAGACACAUCAUUAUAUUCGAGUAAAGAUAAACAGACUGAGCUUUUGCUCUUCAUUUUUUGGCAGUUCGCAAAUAUUUCGACUCCUAAAACAUCUGGAAUUAGCUAACAUUUUAACUCACGAAUAUAUCCACUUAUAUAGUAGCUUGCAUCAAACAGACACAUAUAUUAUUAUAGGUAAAUAAAUUAUAUAUAUAUAAUUAUAUAUACAAAGAAAUUAGUUAGGAAAUCUAUUCACCAGAACUGUGAUACAUGCUAAUCUUUUUUUUACCCGGUAUUAUGCCAAAUUCAAGUAAAUGUUAAAUGAAGCAUAAAGGUGAUCAUAUAAUAUCAUGCUUAAAUAUGUUACUAGAAGAAAGGUUAAAUGCUCACUUGAAAAUAUAAAACAUACUAAAAAUCAGCUUUAAAUUCCGAAGUGAAGAGAAUGAGAAAGAAAGAGAUACUAUAAGAAGGCAAUUGUUCAUCAACCUAGGUAUUUUUUUCUGCUGUAGUGUUGCACUCCAUUUUCUAUUACAUUUUGCAUGUAGUUCAUUUAAAAUUGCACAACUGUAUCUUGUAGAAUAUUUUGCACUGACUGAAAAUGAGAUUUGACAUUCAGAGUUCAGAGGAAUUAUAAUGCUCUUGGAAACAUAAACACUUGAAAGGACUGGCUACGUAAUACAGUAUAUGAUCUGCCGUUCUUAAAAGUUUGCAUAUUUGUAUCAACUAAACCUCUAACAUAACAUUUUUAUAUUUUUCUACAACCACCUAGACACUAACUGUAAAAUCCUGAUCAGUAGAUAAAUUUCUGGUGUUAAAACUACAACAAUCAAUUUUGAAAAUGUCUCUUGAUAUCGAUUAUUGCAAUAAAAAAAAAUUUAAAAAACUAUUCUAGUU